AUCGCUAUUGUUGCCUUUAUAUAAAAUUUGUUAUAUAUUAAAUUUUCUUUCCACUUUCCAAUUUUACAAUGUAAAUAAAAUCCUAAAAUUAACAAAAUGGAACAUAAUAACGAGGAUAAGGGCCUAAAAACUGAUGAUGCAAUAAAUAAAUUAUGUGCCGAACUAUCUGCUGUUCUGGAUCAAUAUGAAAUCUCUCAAAAAAAUAGGAAAUCAAAAUCUUGGUUGAAAGAUGCAUUGAGUUUCAGAAGCAAAAGAACAACUAUAAAUGCAGUCUCUAUUAUCUUUGGAUUAUGGACAACUGUGUCCCUUAUUGUAGGCUACAUACUGGAGGGGGACAACCUGGGAGGCUAUGAAGCGAUUCCUGUCAUAGGUUUAUUUAUAGUUAACAUUAUUCUGGAAAUUUAUGAUAACAAAUUACGACACCAAGAGAUUCCCAAUAGGAUUCGUUCAGUUUUGGAGAAUCUUGAAAGAGAGAAGUCAAGUAUUAAGUGGUCUUUUGACAAUUAUCCAGAUUUGUAUACGCCAUAUUCACCAUGCAUUACACUACAAUGGACCUACAGAGAUGGGAAGGUUGUAAAUUUACCCUGGGCUCUUUUGGUCAAGGGAGACAUUAUAGUUGUCAGACCAGGCCAAAUCAGCCCUGGAUAUUGUGAAGCACUAGAAAAACAAACGGAAAUUCCACUUUUACAUGCGAAAGAAGUGUAUGCACCAACAUUACAGAAUGCAAAUGAAGUUUUCAGUGCCCCCAAAUAUAGAAAACCUCUGGAACCAAAAAAAUAUCGUCUGCUGGAAACUCCCUACUUGAAUAAUCUAAAAAUUUUCCUGGAACAAGCUCUGGAUAGACCAGUGUCGCAAUUGAAUCAACAAAGGCAUUUAGUAACAAUUAACAUUGUCGAACAAAUGAUUUUACCAUUUACUUUUGUUUUAGUUCUAGUAAUAAAUCUGUUCAGGUACUUUUAUUUUCACAAAUAUUUGGGAAGGUACUUGGUUUCCAAUACCUUGUUUAUUGUACCUUGUAAUGUAAUCUUGCCACUGCUCCCAAUGAUUUUUCCGUUGUUCUGGAACCUUACCAAUUAUAUUGGAACCGCAAGAAUAAAGACAUUUUUUGAUGCUACAACUAGAUGUGACAAAAAAAUCAAUCAUUUAGAAGAAGAUGCCGAUGGAUCACCAAUAUAUGAUAAGAAACUAAAAAUAAGUAGACGUGAGGUACUGUCGAACUUUUGGAAAAUUUUACGAGGAAAACCUGAAAUUUUAACGCGAUCCACAAAUCUUCUACAUGUCCUAGGAUCAGUUACAGCCUUAGGAUGUAUCGAUAAGAAGGGUAUUUUGUCUUGGCCUAAUCCAACUGCAGAAAAAAUAUUUUUCUUGCACAAUCAGCACCACGAUUCACAUUCAUCAAGUUUGGACAAUGUGAAUGACAUAUCCAGCGAUAUAGACUCGAUGUUUCCCAAUUUUCAGCCGGAAAGUCCCAGUGCUGUGACUGAAGUAUUAGAUCUCACCCACCGGCACAAUGAUCCCUUCAAGCUACACUUCGACGACCAAGAAUGGAAUCGAUAUUUGUCCAAUCUCAAGCCUCUGGGUCUGGCGAUACUACUAAACACAUGCAAUAUCGAUACUAAGGAACAUUACAAUACGUUUUGUUCGCACAUAACUUGUGAAGCAAUGUAUAACGAAAACUUGGUACCGGUUACUAACAGAAGGUGUUUAUGUGAGCUGGCUAAUGAGAUAGGAUUCGUAGAUCAAGCGCAAAAGAUAUUUACGCUACAAGAACAACUUUCAAGCUUUAGGCAUUUGCAAACAGAAAUGAUGAGGAGGGACAAUAAGUAUGCUCGAUCUCUUCAACUGUCCACGAAGCUGAAGUUUCCUUUCCCUCACAUGUUUGCCGUAAUAGUUCAAGAAUUGUCUACUGGAAACAUGCAGUUACUGUCGGAAGGCACGGCGGAUAUCAUUUUAGAUUCUUGUGUAGAGUACUGGGAUGGCAGAGAUCUCAUUCCGCUGUCGAAUACUGAUAGAAAGAGAAUACAAGACUUUUACCAGAGAAGUAGUCUGACUGCCUACUGUACAGCAUUUGCUUACAGGCCCCUUGCCAAAAAUAUUCAUAACAAACUAAGUGAGGUAUAUUUAGAGCUUCCCAGUGACUCGAAACAUUUAUAUUUGAGUCAGAGAAGCCCCACUCCAGUCCAUUGGGACAUUAAAAGUGUUCUGGAACCAAAAACUAAAUCUUCUCAAUUCUAUAGUGCAGAUUCACUUUUAUUCAACGACUGUCAGACUGAUAACGUAAGCGAUGCAGAGAGCUGUUUUCAGGUGCAGUGUAAUCAAAUAUUUAUUGGUAUGAUAACGAUGCAGUACCAAGCCCUGAUUGAUAUGGUUCAUCUUAUAGAACAAUUGGAACGAGCUUGCAUCCGAUUCGUUCAUUUUAGCAAAGAAAAUGAACUGAGAUCGCGCGUUUUUAGUGAAAAAAUGGGUCUUGAAAGCGGUUGGAAUUGUCAUAUUUCUCUUCUUAGCGAAAGAAAUAGCAGCAACCUGGAAUCGUCGAGGACGAUGAGUUUUUCCGCACCUAGCGCCAUUAACAUGGAGUUUUCAACGGUAAAGUUCGAGAAGGAGGUGGAAAAAUUCAACAUCGAUAAGAAACAAUACGAUCAGAAUGAAGAUUUCAACCAAACCAGUCAAGAAAGUAUUUUACUACAAGCUGAUAGUACCGCGCACGAAUGGCAGUCUCUGAGUAAUCUUACGGAGAGUACUGAGCAUAGUGCUCCCAUUAAUUUUGACAUGAGUAAUAGGGCUAAACUCCCUAGAGGAAUAGAUAAAAUCAGACCGCACAUUGAACUGAUCGAUAAUGUUCCACUACUAGUGUCUCUUUUCACUGACUGUACUCCAGAUGUCACCAGAGAGAUGUUACAGAUUAUGCAAGACUACAAAGAGGUCGUCUGUAUCAUGGGUUCAGCUGAAAACUGCGACAAUGCAGGAAUAUUUAUGCAAGCGGAUGCUAGUAUGUCAAUAGCUCCUUUGUAUCCACAAGUUUGCCAGAAAGCAAAACCUUACAAAAACCCCGAAGAUUGUCCCGGUCCCAUAGACAUAUCUUGCCAGUUGAACUCCAUUCCUUGUUCUUUGUCGAUAAAACGGGACUCACCACUGCCCAUAUACAGAUUGAUAAUGGAAUCCAGGCAUUUUGUGGCAUCGAUUUGGAACUCUGGUCAAUUUUGGUUGUGCUGCUGUAUAGCUUUAAGUGUACUGCAGGUUUUUUCUACAAUAUUGAUGCUACCAGGACUGCUAACGACAGGACAAGUUUUAUGGUUUUCUUGUAUGGUAGUGCCACUCAUCAGCGUCUCCUUAAUGGCCCGACCUUUGGACCAGGAAGUGAUGAAGAAACCCCUGGGGAAGAAUCAGAACUUGACCAAUUGGAAUGCAGCUGUAUUUAUCCUGUGGUGCUACGGUACGAAGUUCCUCGUUACUUUUAUAGUGGUAUUAACGUCAUACAUUGGCAUUUUGGCCAGUCAUUGUGACCAAAUAUGCUUGGUGCUACCAAAUUGCACCUGUGCAUUCUUCUACAAUCCCGUCAUUUUGACAGAAUCCGUUUCUAUGGGUGGAUGGGACGAAAAUGAAUGGACAUUGCUGAUGGCCAGACUGAUUAUCAGCUUUAUUAUUUUGUUACAUUUUGUUGUUAUAUCGGUAGGUUUUAUUCACCGAGACCAUUUAGUAUUCCAGAAAUCUCCUCAUACAAAUGUGUAUUGGCUGAUAUCUAUAUCUAUAGCGAUAAUAGUACAAUGCGUAUAUUCAAUUCUAGUCUUCAGAGAUAUCGUUAGUACUCAAAACGCAAACAUUGAAUUUGAUAUACCUCGCUGGGUCAUCAUUUUUGCCGCCAUAUCACCUGUAGCAGUAUUUUUAGUCAACGAAGUGACCAAAAGGCAAGAAAUAAUGGUGAAGGAACGAUUUCUAAAAAGAGCUCGCUUGGAUUUUGGUACGAAGCUGGGAAUGAACUCCCCUUUUUAAGAAUGUAUAGAAAUUUAAAAAAGUGUGUUAAUACACUAUGUACUCGUGGAAAC